GGGAGGAAACGAACAGUACUGUAAACAGGAAGUACUUUCAUUUUAUCUUAAAGUCCAAUUGGUAUGUGUUUUAGUGCCGAAAAACAACAGACCGCGUGUUAUUACUGGCCGAUAAGCGCCGUCCUACUACAAAGUCAUUAGCCACAGAGGAAGACAGCAAGGAUUUGCAGUUGUCAACCUUGUACAUUUGGACCCUGCGAUGACAUCACAGCAGCCUCAACUCCACGGCGGGGCGAUUCAUCAGCAGGUUGCCCACAAUGACUCGGUUCAACAAGCUCAUAUUCAGGCCCAUCACCUUGACUCAAAUGCGAGCGGCACCACCGCCGGCCGUCUGGAUAACAGAGCUGUCGCACACCGGGCCAGAGGCUCCACUUUGGCAACUAGCGGAGUCUCGGCCUGUUUAGUCAACUCCAGCGUAUCCAAAGGGUUGAGGAGUUUUGAGCCCUGGCCUGAGGAGGCAGUGGACAAGUCACAUGGGUUGAACUCGCUCCACCGCAUGUUUGAUAUCAUCGGAGCCCAGCUGACUCACCGGGAUGUUCGAGUCCUGUCGUUUUUGUUCGUCGAUGUGAUUGACGAGUACGAGCGUGGCGGCAUCAGGAGCGGAAGGGAUUUCUUGCUGGCGCUGGAGCGCCAAGGUCGUUGCGACGAGACCAACUUUCAACACGUGCUCCAGCUUCUGAGGAUUAUCACCCGUCAUGACCUCUUGCCUUAUGUCACACUUAAGAAACGACAGGCCGUGUGUCCAGAUCCCGUUGACAAAUACCUGGAAGAGACGUCGGUGCGCUACAUUUCACCGCGAGGAGCCACAAAGAGCAGGGAAGGUGCGCCUCACAGAAUGACGGGACCCUAUGUCGGAGCAUCCCGAAUGAAAGCAUCCUCUUCUGGAGCGAACGGCGUGUGGAAGAGAAGCCAUUCCUUGUCUGACUUCAGAGAGAAGCAAACUUGUGAUAUUCGCCUGCGCGUCCGCGCUGAGUAUUGCCAGCACGACUCGGCUCUCCAGGGCAACAUCUUCUCUAACAAGCAAGAGGUGGUGGAGCGCCAGUUUGAACGCUUCAACCAGGCCAACACUAUCCUCAAAUCACGAGACUUAGGCUCCAUCAUCUGUGACAUCAAGUUCUCUGAGCUCACCUACCUGGAUGCAUUCUGGAGAGACUACAUCAACGGCUCCUUGCUGGAGGCCCUGAAAGGAGUUUUCAUCACAGAUUCUCUCAAGCAGGCCGUGGGCCACGAGGCCAUCAAACUAUUGGUCAACGUCGAUGAAGAGGAUUACCAGGCGGGCCGUCGCAGACUUCUUUGUAAUUUGGUGACGAGCGGAGAUCCUCCUGGAGGUAUCAAAGACUGCGUGUCUUAGACAUGAGCUCAAGCUUGCAGAAGGACUACUACUGUGCCUCUCCGUGGGGAAUAGAAAGAGAUGUAAAGGAUGUUGCACAUGUGAUACCCGUGUUUGGAAUAUGUGUGUGUGUCUGGAAUUCCAGCGAUCCCACAGAUUCAUUUAGCGCAAUGCUCCGAGGAUAGUUGGGACCCCCAACGUAUAGCAUGCAGUGGGGACUGGGCCAGCCAAAAGAAGUAAGUCUCGCAUACAGGUUGACAUUCAUUGGAAAAUGAAUCUGUUUAUUUUCUUCAAGGGAGAAAAUGUUUUGUUUUAUUUACGCUGAUUUUGAUAACAACGACAAAAGAAAUCCUCUAUGGCGUCAACUUACUCCUCGGAUGUACCGACUUUUUUUUUUUUUUCUUCUUCUUCAGAUAAUUUAUUUUUUCAGGUCAGAUUUGUUGUAUUAACCCAUUUCGAAAGUGUUCAGUAUGUUCUGUAAAGCACCGGCUUUAGUAGCCACACAGUUUGUUUGAGACGUGUGUGUGUGUGUGUGUGUGUGUGU